CCCACCCCCCAAAAAAAAGGAGGAAAAAAAAAAAAACAAGAAUGAAUAAUUUUCUUACAAACAACAUAAUACUAAUCCUAGUACUAAUGUUGGUAUGUUAUUCAGGAGAAUGUGAUAAUGCAAAGGAAAAGGCAGAGUGUACAGAGUCACUAGUUGGACUAGCAACAUGUUUGCCUUAUGUUGGAGGAACUGCUAAAUCCCCUACCCCAGAUUGCUGUGCUGGCCUCAAACAGCUUUUGAAAACAAACAAAAAAUGCCUUUGUGUUAUUAUUAAAGAUCGGAACGAUCCCGAUUUAGGCCUCGAUAUUAACGUCACUCUUGCUUUAGGCCUUCCUACUGCUUGCAACGCUCCCGCCAAUAUUUCUGAGUGCCCCGCUCUCCUGAACCUGCCUCCAGAUUCACCUGAUGCUCAGAUUUUCUACCGGAACAGUAGUAGUGCUACUCCCCCUGUGUCCAAUGUGCCUAAUCCAGCAAUAAGUGUGACUCCUAGUCCAGGAGGCAGUAUUCAGCAGAAGAGUAGUGGUUGUGGCAUUAAGAAGAGAUGUAUGGGAUUGGGAAUAUUCUUUUGUGGACUUGUUUUGUUUUUCUCUUUUACUGCAGAUUUUAUUAUUAUUAUUAUUAUUUAAUAUUAAUAAUUAUCUGUUUAAUUUGUAAAAUCCAUGGGAUUAAUAUGUUGGAUUACUACUACUAUAUGUUUCAAUAAGAUGUAAACCUAAGUCCAUAUGAAAUGUAGAAUAAUGGUAGCAAAUCAUCCUGGUGUAUGUGUAUUUAUUUAUUUCUAGAAUAACACGACGGCGUUUUGCAUUCUUUUGGAUUGGUUCGACGACGGUGUUUUGGAAUUUCAUCGCGGUUUGAGUCAUUAUGCACCAUGUAUGUACUGAUAUUGUCGGCUUUUGAGAAAAUAAACUCCGCAUAUACGGUUUUUUA